CGUGAGAGCAGCUACGAGUUCAAGGUGAAGCCAAAGAACGAGCUGGGCGCAGGUCCUCCUAGUGAACCCGUGACCUUCAACACAGAGUCGGCGGACCCACGGGUGAGCGAAAACGUCUCAGGAAAAGACGCCAUCUGGACUCAGUUUCCCUUUAAGACGGACUCGUACUCCGACUGCCAUGGCAAACAGUACGUGAAGAGGACCUGGUACCGAAAGUUUGUGGGCGUCCAGCUGUGCAACUCGCUCAGGUACAAGAUUUACCUGAGCGACUCGCUCAACGGUAAAUUCCACAACAUUGGAGAUCAGACUGGCUUCGGUGAGGAUCACUGUCAGUUUGUGGAUUCGUUCCUGGAUGGAAGAACCGGCAGACAGCUCAGAGCCGACCAGCUACCGUCCAGACCCGGUUUCUAUAGAGCAAUGCGUCAGGAACCCGUCCAUUUUGGACAGAUUGGAGGACACUCCCACGUCAACUACGUCUCAUGGUAUGAGUGUGGGACGCCCAUCCCCGGCAAGUGGUGAACACACUGAGUCGUCCUCGGAGACGCCCAGCAGAAAGAGACAGUCGCCCAGGCUGGGAUGGCGACAACAGCGGGGGUCCUCACGAAUCUGCCGGACCUCUGAACUGCCUCACUUUACCCACCCAGUGCUGUAAAAACAUGUACAGGACAUAAUCGUCAGGGAAUUAGUAACGAGAGAGCAUUUAAAGACACAUAUGUAAUAGCAAACAUGCCUCAUCUUUACUAUUUAUCAAGCAACAAGGCUUCGAUACGUGGAGGUUUCUCUGCAGCGUGAGGGGGGUGGCAAACUCACGCUAGAUAUAUUUUAUUUUGUGUUAAAAUAAUGGGAAGCUGGCUCCCUGGAAUACUAUUUUCAUAACUUGUGAGAUGUUAUUUAUCAAAAAGGUCUUUGAUUACAUUUCUUCACGUUGAUCCAACAGAAGUCUUUUAUGCCGGUUCUGCUGUUUGAGCUCAUUCCUGUUGAUCUGCAUUAAAAGAGACUAAACGCCUGCUUGAUACCGGUGUACGCAUCCAUUAAAACCCAUCUGCUAGUCUCUAACUAACUAGUUAGCUACUGUUUUGCUAACAUCACCUAACUUAAGAUGUGACAUAUGUAUAUAUAUCUUUUAUUUUUUAACCAUCCUCAAAAUGUGGUUGUCUUUUCAACAUAGAUUAGCCUAACAUAGCAAAUCUAAGUACAGGGAAGGAGGCAUCUAAUUGGUUCAAAGAUAAAAGUGACAUAUAUACAUAGUCAAAAUUUAAGUGAGCUUGCUAAUGUUAGCCAAACUAGCUAGCUAGCUACAUCAAUCAUUAGGUAGCUAGUUAGCUAGUGUUUUUUGUUACAGAGCAAAGCACAAGGUUAAAGUGGUUGAAAGUCUUUUACGACGGUUCUGCUGUUGGAGCUCAUUCCUGUUGAUCCGCAUUAAAAGGUUUUAAAGGUACAACCGUAAUGCGAGUCUUCUACUGGCUACGAAGCUAGAAAGGCUGCUCUGUGUGGAGAAUAUGUGCGAUAAACUUGCUGGAUAUUCCGAUAUUUCUGCCUCAUGUGUGUACGUGCUCCGAGUACUACGGCCAUUUGCAUUGAGAGCUGUUUUCAUCAGGUAACAAGACUAACGUAAGCUUUAGCGUAAUGAUAAAAACACAAUAAAGCUCUGAUGUUCAGUGCUUGAAACAUAUUUUUGGGAAAAUGGUCUAAAACUCAACGUCAAACAUCCGAUGUGCCGAUGUUACCGAAGCGAGCUGCAGACAACCAGCCGGCCGGAGGCUUCUUCACUUGCAAUUUGCACAACAGAAAUGUAUUUAUAUGUAUAUGGAGAGAAUGUAUGUUUUCAAUACAUUUUUGUCGAUGCAUUUCCCUCACAAUGGCCCUUUUGUUCUUUUUACUGUACGAUAAUGCGCUCUUUUUCUUCUUGUGGCCUCAUUCUAACGCAGGACGAGAAGCUAACGGUGUAGCCUGAUAGCUAGCAAUUAAAACUCUAUGUACUGCA